AAAAGAGAAAAAAAUCUGUAGUUUUUUUUUUUAAUAAAAGAAAAAAAUCUAUAGUUAAACACUCUUUCUUCCUCCUUCUGCAUAUCCCCCCCUCCCAUGCCCAACCUUCUUUCAAUUCUUUUAGGUAAAGAAGUAACACACACACACACACAUCCAGACAAUCUUUACCCAUUUCCUGCUAGUGUUUUGGUGGGUUUCUUUCAUCUGAGUAAACUUCUCGUUUCUUCUCUACGUUGGUAGGUCAUAGGUGGUAGCCAAACUAUGACAAAUGCCUCUGUUGCUAGAUUCAGUGGAAUUAACAGAGCAGUGUUGCCACUUCCUCGUAGAAGAAAGUUCCGAAUAGAUUUUACAAGAAGCUUUUCAACCUGUGCUUCACCAUUUGUGUGUUCAUCUUCGUAUGCCGUUUAUCCCCCUUCUGCUUUUGUGUUGAACGCCCAACUCGCAGCAUCAGAUACCCUGCAACGCUCUGAAGAAUGGUUUGCGCUACGCAGGGACAAGCUAACGACUAGUACCUUCAGCACAGCAUUGGGAAUGUGGAAAGGCAAACGUCGGUUUGAGCUAUGGCAAGAAAAAGUUUUUCCUUCAAACGUGCAGGUAGCCGAGGGCUCUAAAAAGGGCGCUAUGGAAUGGGGGGUUCUUAAUGAAGCUGCAGCUAUAGAGCGUUACAAAAGCAUUACUGGUCGGGAUGUCAGCUCGUUGGGCUUUGCCAUCCAUUCAGAGGAUCGAUUGGAUUGGAUCGGAGCUUCCCCAGACGGGCUACUUGGAUGCUUUCAGGAAGGUGGAAUUCUGGAAGUGAAAUGCCCAUUCAACAAGGGGAAGCCAGAGACGAUGUUGCCAUGGAAAACUGUGCCGUUUUACUACAUGCCUCAGAUACAAGGUCAAAUGGAGGUGAUAGACAGAGAUUGGGCAGAUUUGUAUUGUUGGACUCCAAACGGAAGCACUAUAUUUCGUGUAUACAGAGAGCGUGGCUAUUGGCAAUUGAUACAUGGAGUUUUACGAGAGUUUUGGUGGGAGAACGUCAUUCCAGCAAGGGAAGCACUUCUGUUGGGGAUGGAGGAAGAAGCCAAAUCAUUCGAGCCAACAUCAACACACAAACUAACUGGACUUGUUAUAGCCAAAAGCUUAAAUUUAGCCGGGGAAGCGAAGUUGCUGUGCCGGGAGAUUGCAGGUCACGUGGAGUUCUUCCGUUAAGUUGGCAUUCAAGUAAGUAAAAAAAAAUCCAGACUUGUUCUUGUAGGUGAUAGAUUGGCUCAUGAUCUUCUUCUGUCAUUCUUUAGUUUCGAUAUUUUAUUUCUUGAUAUUUAUAGUGGCUCCAAUGCUUAUCAUUCAGCUUAUUUUUAAUAGAAGUAUCAUUUUAGCAUUGUCUUGGCAAUAUUGUAGACUGUCCUCCAUUUAUCUUCAUACCUUACCCUAAAUUUUUGGUGUUGAUAUUGAAUCGUCGUGAUAGAUGUUGAGUAAAUUUAGGUGAAAUAAGAACCUCUUACCUCAUCGACGCAACAAUGGGAUGAGAGUGUUUCCCUCACUUUCCUAAAUUAGUAGCUUCAUGUAGGGAGCCAAAAACAGCCAUAUUUAGACCAUGAUCAAGAAACAUUAGAAACUCUCCCUACCAGAAAUUCUCUCUGCGUAAACGGUAGAAAUUAAGGUAGAGAGGAUAAGGAAGAACAAGAGAGGAGAGAAGAUGGACAUAUACGAGUCUAACGGGCUGUCGUGGGCGGAUCAGUGGGACCCUCAGCCGGUGCCAUCGGAGAUGCCUGAGAAGAAAGACAAAGAUGAUUCGGAGAAGGGCAAGAAGAAACUAAUCAACUUCAAAUGGGUGAAGAACUUAUGCAAGAAAUCCAAGAAUAAGGCUUAGAUUUCAUGAAACGCGCAUCGUUUCUCUAUUUAUCAAUCUGAUUAGCGCUGCGCUAUGUGGCGAGAUAUAUGUACCUGUAUUCCUCAUACAACAGCAAAUAUUUGCUAUUAGGAUGCUAUCUUGAACUGUUUUUGGUUUUUGUCUUCUUCGAAUUAUUUCCAUAGUAUUGUUUCUUGGGUUGAAAUUUUACCUGAAGUUUUUCGAGAA